UCCUUCUAUGAUUGUUCCAGUAGUGGUCAAUUGCUAGUGGUGUUAAAUCACCGUGGAUAAAAAAAAAAGCUAAAAUUGUCAGUCAAAAUCAGAACUUGUCAGACUUUUCGCAUGACUGGUCACCCACCCAUCAACAGAGUGGUCAGUGUUCUAACUAUGGUCAUUCUUUUUUUUACCAAUGGACAGUUGCUAGAGCGAACCAAUAAUUGAUUCAAGUGGACAAAAUAACCAAAACCCUUGGUCAAAAUCGAUAUUCAUUAACAUCAAAAGAUAAGUGGUCAGUUUUCUAUCUACAGUCAUUUCAUUGGUGGUCGGUGGUCAGUGGUCAGAGUGGACAUAAAUAGCAAGAACUACCAGUCAAAACCAGUAGUCAUUAGAGACUCUAGAGCAACUGGUCACCUAUCAAAAUAUUGGUCAGUAUUCCUUCUUCGGUCAUUCUAUCAAUGGUUAGUGGCCACAGUGUACAUAACAGUAAAAGCUAUCAGUCAAAACCAGUAGUCAUUAGAGACUCUAGAGCAACUGGUCACCUAUCAAAAUAUUGGUCAGUAUUCCUUCUUCGGUCAUUCCAUCAAUGGUUAGUGGCCACAGUGGACAUAACAGUAAAAGCUAUCAGUCAAAAUCUACAGUCAUCAGAGAUUAUACAAUAACUGGUCAGCCAGCGAAAGAUUGGUCAAUGUUCUUUCUUUGGUCAUUCCAUCAGUGGCGGUCACUUAUCAGAGUUGCCAGAGUGCACAAUUCAACUGGAUACAAUAACGAGAUUAUCGGUACUACUGACCAAUAACCACCAGGUAUUUCAAAUUGACCGAUCAUCCGACAACAAACUGACCGGUUUUCCAUCUUCUGUCCUUCGAUCCCUCUGUCCUUCUGUCAAUGGACAGUCGCUAGGGUGACCCAGCGUUCACUCUGUGGAUAAAAAUAACCAAAACUGUGUCUGACAUAUCGGAGUGACCGGUCAUAGAGAAAACAGACUAGUGGUCAGUUUUCUUGUUGACCUGCCUUCAGCCACUGUUGUACCAACUAUUUCAUUUAACUGACCAUCAUAGGUCAGUCAGUGCUGCAGAGAAGAUGCACAUACUACAUGCAUUGCGCUUGCUUCACAACAGUUGCAUUCUGGUCUGGGUAUUGUUACAAGCAACAGGUCAUUAUUACCCUGUUUCGGCAAAUUGUAGGGGUUACAGGACCAACACCCUCAGUACUAACCUGUACGAACGCAAACUGUUCAACUUCCUGUGGGUGAUGCGCAAGUGUGGACCAGGUCUGGUGUGGAAACAGCCCCUAUGCCAAUGCGUUCGACCGAAACUGCUGCAGGGGGAACGCGGCGGCACUGGCAUUCGUGGUCGAGGUCAAGGUGACAAUGGGGGAAAUAUUCGGGGGUGUCCCGAUCGACCCCCUAUAUUGACGUCAUCAGCCAACAGGUCCCCUUCGACAUCGACAUUUACGCCUGCUUCCACUUCCAUUACCGCAGUUUUCUUCACCUCAUCAUCUUCUCCGUCAUCAUCCGUUGCUGUUCCCGCUUCAUCUACUUCGGUGACAAGAGCCACGGGCCGUCGCCCUGCAACAGACAGUACUGGGAACUUGUCUAGGACGACUGCAGCCGCCGCCACCUGGAAUCGAACUUCCAGCCUGCCGUCUUCAAGGUCACCACCACUCAACAUUGGGAUACCCUGUUGGCAGUACCGGCCCCACAAUAGCAGUAGAUUCAUGUUCCAACAGCGGUCGGCUAAAGGGACUUGGAUCGACAGACAUUGUGCCCCGUCGACUCGCUGGUCACAACGACUCUGUACGUGUUUCUUCAGUGAACAAAAUGAUCAAAGUCGCCGCCUAGAAUCUACCUGUGAACAUCUUCUGUAUUUACCGUUCACCACUGACCUCCAAGAUCAUUCACCUCAACAUCUUUAUAUCGAACAAUCUCACUACCGUGGCAUUCGGUUGAUGAACACCACCACCAAUAACAAUAACAACCAUGACCACCACCACCACCACGGAGCUGUGUUCGAUGGUAAAACAUACCUGAGGCUUCCAUAUUUCAACACCAAUUCAUUGGGCCAAAACACGAACAUCAAGUUCAGUUUCAAACCCAGCCGACAGCAGUUUGUGAGAGGGGGCAAUAGUGAUGGCAGAGAUGGAAGUAGAAGCCGAGCGGACACUGAAAAGGUCAGUCUGGUGUCCAACGGAUGUGGACAGAAGCCAAGUAGCCUUCAUAUUAUCUAUGACAGGAGACAGAAUGAGAUACUGCUCAUGUUGAAGUCUGCAAAUGGUGUGCCCACAUGGCAUCGAUGCCUUGUGGUUGAUAAGAUCAGAAACCAUUGGAUCCAAGUUGAGAUUGAAAUCUGCAGUUCUUCCUUCGAAAUCAUUGUAAACGACGUUACCUGUAGAAAUGGUGCACUUCCAGGAUCAUUAGCCGUCCAGAAAUGUGACCUCAUUUUAGGGGCUGACCUUUACACUGGCACUGUCACCUCGGAACAGCAGAAAACCUCUCCAUUUACAGGAAUUCUUCAAAAUGUGAACAUCAGUCGCGGUUGCGGAUGUGUUUGAUGACACGAGACAAGACAAGAGGAGCUGAGACAUACGGACAGACAGAUACCCAUCAUCAGUCAUCCAUGAAGCAGAAAGGAAGUUAGGGGGGAGGGAGGAAUCAGGAGGGUGGGUCGAUCGAGCGAAAGAGGUGGGAGAUUUAUAUAGUUGUGGGGCGAGUGGGAGGAAAUUAAGUAAUUAAUU